AUGUCGUUCAGUACCAAGUUCGCGAUGUGGUGGGGGAGUAUUACCACCAAGACCGAAAAGCUCUUCAACAAGGAAAAGGAACGUCUGGUCACCCACGAGUACUACGACAACCCGAACCCAAUGUCCGCUCGGCCGAAGAGCAUCCACUCGAUUCGCGGUAGCAUGCGAGAAUCGGCAAGCUCCAAAGGCUUACAAAACAGUAAUGACAACGCGAAACGCCCCAGGUCGUUUCGCCAGCAGGAGGCAAAUCCGUCAGGGAAUUAUGCAGAUCAGAUGCCGAUGGGCAGUAACCCGGGCUACGGCGGCGCGCGGCAGGCCCCUUGCAUGCAAAACUACAACGAUAUGCAGCAGUACCCGCAGGGUCAACAGUACAUGCCAGGCCCGCAGUAUAUACACCAGCAGCAUCAGGGGCAUUCAAAUCAAGGGUACGAUCAGGUCUACUAG